UACAAUAUUACAAAGAAAACAACCAACCGCGGCCCUCUGUCCCAGUGUGAACCGACUGAAUGGAGUGAACUACAGACUGGAUUUGAAUAUCCCGCCCUGCCAGCGGACUCCUCCGAGCUCCACCGAGGCGGAGAGUCACACCGCUCUCCCCUCCUGCACCGUUAGUAGUGUGUCUGGAAGCUCCGCUGACACGGUUCUCAGAAAGCGAACUAUCACGGGAACCCUUAAAGGCGACUUCGGUGUGUCACACAGCUUCUUUUAACAACCAGGAACCGAGGCAGAAGUGUUUUUCCUUUCCUCGAGCGUUUUAUCCAGUUCCCCCCCUUUUUUUCCUGGACAUGUGUCGCUUGGAGAACUAGGUGCGGACAGCGCUGCACACCGAACCCGGGAUGAGUGGGAGCUCCGCGGUGUCCGGCGCGGCGCCCUGCCGCUUCGCCCACUACUUUGUUAUUUGUGGGAUAGACACAGAAACUGGACUGGAACCGGACGAAUUAGCAG